AAGGCAAGGGAAAAAAGCUAGCGCACGACAAACAAAGCCUUGGUCAAACAUAGCAUGCGCGAUAGACACGUCGGGAUACCGAGUUUGAAGCAAACAGUGCCGCUUGUCGCGUGAGUUGUGUUUUGUUCGGUUACCCUUCACUCAAAACUUAUCCAUUUAUUAUUACACGCGUGCGAUUUUUCGAUUUCACGCGUUUCAAGCGGAUAAAACAACGCGAAGAUGGUAGCGAUGACCAAAAAACCGAAGGUCUUCCAGAUCGUGUUCAGCGAUCCGUCGAAAACGUUUUACUGCAGCGGGGAUAAAGUGGCCGGGAAGAUCGUGGUCGAGGUGAGCGAGAUCACACGGGUCUCGGCCAUGAGAGUGCUCGGCAUCGGCUGCGCUAAAGUGGAUUACUCCAAGGGGAAGCAGAGAUGUCGGCAAGAACUCGACUACCUAAAGUAUGAAGAUGUGGUCCAGCUGGACGGCCAUCCUGCAGAUAAUGAUGGCUCGGUCAUCCUCAGGCCUGGAAACAUAUACGAAUACACGUUUGGCUUUGAGCUUCCACAGCAAGGGCAGCUCGUGUCUUCGUACUCAGGAAAGUUCGGGAGCGUGCAGUACUACGUCAGAGCGUUGAUGGAGAGAGCGUCUCAGCCCGCACUCGAGUGCAAGAAAAGCUUCGAGGUGGAAGAGCCGCUGGAUGUGAACACGCCAGACUUGCUGUCUCCUGCAGGCGGCAUGAAGGAGAAAAAGGUCACCUGCAUGUUCAUCCCCGACGGCCAGGUGUCCCUGAACGCCAAGAUCGACAGACGCGGCUUCUGCGAAGGCGAAGAAAUCUUCAUCGAUGCCAAGUUUGAGAACACAUGCUCGCGCAUCGUGGUGCCCAAAGCUGCCAUCGUGGCCAAGCAGACAUACCAGGCCAACGGGCACACCAAAGUGUUCAGGCAGAAGCUCUCCUCUGUUCGCGGGAAUCACAUCAUCUCGGGGAUGUGUGACGCCUGGCUUGGGAAGACCAUCCGCGUGCCUAAGAUCAAACCCUCCAUUCUGGGUUGCGGGAUCAUCCGUGUGGAGUAUGCUCUCAUGAUCUACAUGCACAUUCCAGGCAGCGAGAAGCUGGUCCUGGAGCUGCCCUUGGUCAUCGGCACGGUGCCCUACAGUGGGCUCAGCAGCCGCAGCAACAGCAUGAGCAGUCAGGAGAGCACGUCGUCUGCCAGCUGGGUGUCCCUGCGCAUGCCGUCCUCGUGUCCACCCAGCUACUGUGACGUGACGCGCGACAUCCGCCUUGACCAGCCGCUCACGCCGCUGCUGGACGACUACGACGGAGGGGACAGUCCCAUCUUCAUGAACAGUCCACAGUUCAGCUUCCCUCCACUUCCACCCUACUCCGAGGUGGAGGAAGAGUACAACGGCAACGCCCACAUGCUUCCAGUGUGUUGAGCCGCUUCCAAAACCGAUACCUGUCACAAGCAAGCCAGUCUCCCCUCUCACCAUUCAGGAACCGCUGAAGAGGAGGACGAGUUAAAGAAAUCCGACAGCGAGGCGAGAGUCGGACGAAGAGGGUCCAGCAUCCCGGGUUUUCCGUAUCCGUGCUGUCACGACGACGCUCGAGCGAUGCUUUCCGAGCCCGAGCGCGCAUUGUGGUGAACUUUCGGGGACAGAACGAGCCAUGUCUAGUUUUAGCUCGGGAUGCCUGCUGAAUCUGAAUCGAGGCUUCUAGUUACUCUAAGACAUUCCCUUUAAAAUACAAAAAAAUAAAAAAGGGCGCAAAGCAACUUCCCAGCUUUUAGUUCUUCACCUGUUACGAAUCGUUCUAUAGAAAUCCUGUGUUGGAGGAGCAUUUAUUUGAGGAAGUGUUUGAUUUAAUAUGGAUCAGUGUUUAUUGAAGCUGUUUUUCUGUAAUCAUGCACUUAUUUUUAUAUGAGGAUGCACUUUGCUUCCUGACUGCCUGAAGAGACUACUCCUAUAUUACUGUUUAUCAUCAUUAUUCUGUCUUCCACUCUUGUGUUUCUUCCUUCUGAGUGAUUUGUACAUCAUGAAAGCUCCACUGAUGCACUGUGUGUUUGAAGGUGGACUUCGCUAGUUAGCGGGCCAAGCCUGACACGUAAAGGUGCCAAAGUUCGGGUGCAUAUGUUAUUUAGCCAGAUCAGGAAAUGCACUGUGUUGAUGAAUGUUAUCGAUUUCUUGUCUCUUUGUAUUAUUUUUUUAUUUUAUUUUCACAGCGAUCGCCUUUCAUAUUGGAUCUGAUGAGAUUGUAUGAUGUUUUUGCUUGUUGUGUAUUAUUAUUAUUAUAAUUUUUUUGGAUUAUAAAUGACAUUUUUUGUAUCUGAACCCUGUGGGUUAGUUUUCAAUAAAAGGCUAAAAAUCUUA